AUGGGUGAAGACAUGCUAGGUCACAUGUCUUACUGCUUUUCUGGUGAGAGAGGAACUAGUAAGCUCAACUUCGGAAGUAAUGCUAUUGUGUCAGGAGAUGGGACUGUAGCAGCCAAUAUGUCAAGGAAGAAGGAGGAAUCUUAUAUGUAUUACCUAAACCUAGACGCUGUCAGCGUUGGGAAAACUCGCGUUGAAACAUUGGGGACACCGUUUCACGCCACAAACGAGAACAUUCUCAUUGACUCUGGAACAACUUACACCUACUUUCCAGAGAGUUACUGCAACAAAGUGAAGACGGCAGUGGAAAACGUUGUGAAAGCAGAACGAGUAGCUGCCCCGGACAACAUGCUUUGCUACAGAACCACUAACAUGGAUUUGUUUCCAGUCAUAACAAUGCAUUUCCAAGGUGGUGCGGAUCUUGUUCUGGAUAAAUACAAUACGUUUAUCAUCAAUAAUGGAAAGUUCAUUUGUCUGAUAAUUUUUUGUCGUCCUCGAGCAGUUUUCGGUAACAGAGCACAAAACAAUUUUUUAGUUGGGUAUGAUACUUCGUCACAAUUGGUUUCUUUUAAACCCACUAACUGUUCAGCUUUGUGGAGUUAG